AGCGGGGACGCUGAGGCGCUCGGUGCCCGCAGAGCCGGCGGCGGCCGGAGCCGGCGCGACCUUCGCGCUCUCGGGCAGCCGCCAGGUCCCCGGCCGCAGCCCCCGGGAGACACCUUCAGAUGUUGAAAGAGGGAACCAAGCCCACGAGUUUGAAAGUUGCCUUGAGAGAAUUCUCUGUGUAAUUCAGAAUGAUUGAGGAGAGUGGGAAGAGGAGGAGGACAAUGGCAGAGAAGAGACAGCUGUUCAUGGAAAUGAGGGCUCAGAACUUUGAUGUCAUCAGACUUUCAACAUACCGGACAGCCUGUAAACUGCGGUUUGUACAAAAAAGAUGUAAUCUUCAUCUUGUUGAUAUCUGGAAUAUGAUUGAAGCCUUCAGAGAUAACGGCCUUAAUACUUUGGAUCAUAACACAGAAAUCAACGUGUCUCGACUAGAAACAAUCAUUUCAUCUAUCUACUACCAGCUAAACAAACGCCUUCCUUCUACUCACCAAAUCAGUGUAGAACAAUCCAUCAGCCUUCUCCUCAACUUCAUGAUAGCGGCGUAUGACAGUGAGGGCCAUGGGAAAUUGACAGUAUUUUCAGUGAAAGCUAUGUUAGCAACAAUGUGUGGUGGGAAAAUUCUGGACAAACUAAGAUAUAUCUUCUCCCAAAUAUCAGAUUCAAAUGGACUAAUGAUAUUUACAAAGUUUGAUCAGUUUUUGAAAGAAGUUCUAAAACUUCCAACAGCUGUUUUUGAAGGGCCUUCUUUUGGAUAUACAGAACAUUCUGUACGGACGUGUUUCCCACAACAAAAAAAGAUCAUGUUAAACAUGUUUUUAGACACACUGAUGGCUGACCCACCUCCUCAGUGCCUUGUGUGGCUGCCUCUCAUGCACAGACUUGCCCAUGUUGAAAAUGUCUUCCAUCCCGUGGAAUGUUCAUAUUGCCGGUGCGAGAGCAUGAUGGGUUUCCGGUACCGAUGCCAGCAGUGCCACAACUACCAGCUCUGUCAAAACUGUUUUUGGCGUGGCCAUGCAAAUGGCCCUCAUAGCAACCAACAUCAGAUGAAGGAGCAUUCUUCUUGGAAAUCACCUGCAAAGAAGCUGAGCCAUGCAAUUAGUAAAUCACUUGGUUGUGUACCAAGCAGAGAGCCUCCUCGUCCUAUAUUUCCAGAGCAGCCAGAAAAGCCACUUGAUCUUGCACAUAUAGUUCCUCCUCGACCUCUGACUAACAUGAACGACACCAUGGUGACCCACAUGUCCUCUGGAGCACCUACACCAACAAAAAGGUUACAGUACAGCCUGGAUACUGCCAGUCGAUUAGCUGAUGAGCAUGCACUGAUAGCAACCUAUGUGAACCGGCUACAGAAUGGUGCACGUGUCUUGGACAGCCCGAGCAGACUGGAUGAGGAGCACAGACUGAUUGCCAGAUACGCCGCCAGGCUGGCUGCAGAAGCUGGAAGUGCACCUCGCCCACCAGCAGACCUGGGUUUCAACUUCGAUGCCAAUAAACAGCAAAGACAGCUGAUAGCAGAGCUGGAAAACAAAAACAGAGAGAUACUCCAGGAAAUUCAGCGUCUCCGGCUGGAGCAUGAGCAAGCCUCCCAGCCCACACCUGAGAAGGCCCAGCAGAACCCAACUUUACUGGCUGAACUCAGGCUUCUACGGCAGCGAAAGGAUGAACUAGAGCAGAGGAUGUCUGCACUUCAGGAGAGCAGAAGAGAGCUGAUGGUGCAGCUUGAAGGGCUAAUGAAACUGCUCAAAGAAGAAGAGCAAAAGCAGGCAGCUCAAGCAGCAGGCUCUGCACACUCGUCACCCACCCACGGAGCGAGCCGCCCGAUGCCCAUGCCCGUCAGAUCCACCUCAGCCGGCUCUACCCCAACGCACGUCCCUCAGGACUCGCUCGCAGGUGUUGGGGGAGAUGUGCAGGAAGCGUUCACACAAGGUGCAAGGAGGAACCUCCGCAAUGAUCUGCUGGUAGCAGCUGAUUCAAUUACAAACACGAUGUCAUCUCUGGUGAAGGAACUUCACUCAGCAGAGGAAGAAGAUGAAGAAGAAACAGAAAAAAUGCAGAAUGGGAAGGACCGAGGUUAGAUAGAAGACCACAGGCUGUACAGUAGUUCGACGGCGCAGGCACGGAGGGGGACGCAGCGAGCUCGCGGUCGACGCACGUCUCCACGUCCUUCGCAAGAGGCACGUUGCCGCCGAUACAUCCACCAUCGUGCGACUGUGACCGAUCACAACCACCUGCUGAUAAAAGCCGCCCGCUCCUAACCCGCCGGAGGGCUUUCUCACGCGGGCGUCCGCCUCUUAGGUUAUUGCAUGUACUAUCCUCCUAAAUGUGUUCACUAACGGUAAUCAGACAGUGCCCCAUCCAGCUCCGCAGUUCACGGGAGGUUAGAAAACCCGGGAAAGAUAAUACUCCCACCUCGUGUAAAGUGUACUGAUUUUUUAUUAUUGUUUCAUUUUAUUUCUUACCAAAUGGCGUCAUAAUCCCAUCACAUGCUGGUUGUUUCCUCUUGACUUCUGACCCUUGGUAUGCAUGAAAAACAGAUUUAGAACCAACGCAACGGGCGCUGCGAGUGCAGCUCCUGCAAAACGAGCACGCCUGAGACCACCACGCUGUCUGCUGAUGUCUGGGUGCCGCAGCGUUUGAUGUUGCAUGUCAUGCUGAGAGUAAAUGACAGGGCAUGUCAGGGGUAGAGGGAUGCCUAGCGAGGAGGAGCACUGCAACUAUGGGCCAUAAACCCCAGGCCGAUGCCUCCUGGGGACUCCUGCCUCUAAACUUUCCUUUAGACUGUUAGCAAAAUUUCCCUUUGCGAGCAGGGAAUUCAGGGACGACCAUUGCUAGCUUUGAUCAGCAUCUGUGCAUUAACUUUUGAGAGUCAUGUUCGGUUUUGUUUAAAAUUAAGAGAAAUAACAAAGUUGUAUAGUCUGAGGUUAGACGCUCACCGCUGUCUGAGUCCUUGCUAGGCGCUCGUUUUAUAGCUACUUGGGAAACACUGUAAUCAGUUCCAAUCACUAGUGACUUUUUUUUUCUUGGUGCUUAGGAAUGUUAUUUUUAGUGGAAGAAGCUGAGUGCCCUAAUGCAUCUAUAAAUAUUUAUCAAGGGUGAUGAAUGGAAAGGAGUGAUAAACCCUGAAACCAGCUCUCAGCUUUUCUUCCUGUCUGAGCCGAUAUGCUGCAUUGGUUCUUGGCGGGAAGUGCUCGUUAGGUACCUACAACCCUUUGGGAGAGAAAAAAUAAACAUACAUGGUGGCCACAGAUUUAGUCGAAUAUAAAUAUUGUGAACGAGCUGUCAAGAAGGAAAGAAAAGUGAUGAUAACCUGGUUCAGCAUGUUAGCUUUAGGCUGCCAAACACAGAACACUUGUGGGGACUUGGGAGGGUUCGUGGUCGCCUCCGUGCGCUUUCAGUCGCGUUGGCUGAGUUAGGACCGGGAGUUCUGGCUGUGGCUGUGCAGAGUCGGGAAUGUGCUUUGGAAGGCUUGAGGCAGGUGUGUUCUGCGCGUGGCCGCGCUCGGGGACCUGCUGGCGCAGCGCAGAAGGCCAUCGGCAGCCGGAGGCGCGGCGCCCGCUGGGCUCGUCCUCCCGCGGGGUCGGCAGCACCCGGCGGC